GUGUAGGAAAACGGGACAGACAGCGGUCGGCGCUGAUGAGGUGCAUGCUGGGAUGUUUACCUGAGCCUGCACCCAGGUCACGUCCGCGUCCUUGAAUCGCUCAGGGCACAGUUGAACGGAGGCUCAACCUGCUCCCUGCAGCAGCAGAACGUACGCACGCACAGCUACAGGGACCCAGAGGAAGCGUAGCGCUCUGAGAGCGAGGAGCAGCCGCACUCAGCGCUCGCUCUGUCGUUUCUACAGUGUUUGAACAGCUUCGUGUUUGGACAAGCGUGAAAGGAGCCAUAAAUAGCCCUGUUCCAGAACCAGGCCCACGGAGCACCCCCCAAACCCUGACCUGCGCCAACGGCCCAGCGCUAGCAGGCCAGCGCUAACGGGCCUUAGCUAGCAGGCCAACGGGCCUUAGCUAGCAGCCUAGCGCUAGCAGGCCAGCGCUAUCAGGUGUUAGCUAGCAGGCCAACGGGCCUUAGCUAGCAAACUAGCGCUAGCAGGCCUUCGCUAGCGGGCCAAUGGGUCAGCGUUAGCGAAGCGUGGGUUUGUUUUGGUGCUUUGCACAGGUCGACCUCAGAACAGGGCAGCACGUGGACACAAAUAGCCCGUCUGACCCGAACCAGGGAUUAUCUGUGCUUCCCGCCACUUUCCUCUCCUGACCUCCAGAGGACACUUUCUGAUUCCCGUCAGGCCUCGGGGGACUGCGAGGGUGUGGCAGCCGCUGUGGAGAUGAGAUUAGACGCUGCUGCUUCUAAACAGAUGGUGGUUCUGAUGGACCCCAUGGAGGACCCGGACGACAUCCUGCGUGCCAACCGCUCCAGAGAGAAGACGUACAUGUUCGACGUGGGCUUCGACUUCUCGGCCAGUCAGGAGGAGGUGUACCGGGCCACCACCAGAGGACUCAUCGAGGGCCUCAUAUCCGGCUACAACGCCACCGUGUUCGCCUACGGACCCACAGGCUGUGGGAAGACCUACACCAUGCUGGGGACGGACAAGGAGCCGGGCAUCUACGUCCGAACGCUCAACGACCUGUUCCGCGCCAUCGAGGAGACCAGCGACGACAUGCUGUACAGCGUCUCCAUGUCCUACCUGGAGAUCUACAAUGAGAUGAUCCGCGACCUGCUGAACCCGUCCUCGGGUUUUCUGGACCUCAGAGAAGACUCUAAGGGAGUGAUUCAGGUCGCCGGCAUCACCGAGGUGUCCACCAUCAACGCGCAGGAGAUCAUGGAGCUGCUGGUGCGCGGCAACAAGCAGCGGACGCAGGAGCCCACGGCGGCCAACCAGGCGUCGUCGCGCUCCCACGCCGUGCUGCAGGUGGCCGUCCGGCAGCAGAGCCGCUGCAGAGACGUGCUGCAGGAGGUCCGCUUCGCCCGCCUCUUCAUGAUCGACCUCGCCGGCUCGGAGCGGGCGGCGCAGACGCAGAACAGGGGUCAGCGCUUGAAAGAGGGCGCCCACAUCAACCGCUCGCUCCUGGCGUUGGGCAACUGCAUCAACGCCCUGAGCGACAAAAACGGCACCAAGUACGUGAACUACCGCGACAGCAAGCUGACGCGCCUGUUGAAGGACUCGCUGGGCGGGAACAGCCGGACGGUGAUGAUAGCCCACAUCAGCCCCGCCUCCGUGGCGUUCGAGGAGUCCCGGAACACGCUGAGCUACGCCGACCGCGCCAAAAGCAUCCGAACGCGGGUGAAGAAGAACCUCAUAAACGUCUCCUACCACAUCGCGCAAUACACCAACAUCAUCUCAGACCUGCGCUGCGAGAUCCAGCGCCUGAAGAAGAAGAUGGCCGACCAGGCGAGUUGGCAGCUCAGCUCCGACCGGGCCGACAUCCGCCACGUCCAAGCCGAGGUCCAGGCCCACUCCACCCAGAGCCAGGCAGAGAUGGAGCAGCUGAAGGAGCAGCUCCUGGACGCCUUCCGCCAGCAGAUGGAGACCAGGAGGAGCCUGAUGGAGCUGGAGAACUCCCACAUGGAGGUCCAGAUGGACACGUCCAGACACCUGCUCACCAUCGCAGACUGGGAGCAGGAGCGGAGCCGGCGCAGGAGGAAGUGGCGAGCAGAGAAACGCAAGGAGAGCGUCAGUAAGGAUGAAAGCGAGAAGGACUCCGACUCCUCCGAGUCUCCUCCCGACACCACCGAAACCCAGGAGGUGGCGGUGGCCCGAGAGAACCUGCUCACACUCAUGGCAGAGCAGAAGAAGAUCCAGAACCAGAAGGAGCUGCUGGAGCGCCGCCUCCUGGAGCUGCGGGACCAGGCCCGGCGCCUGGAGGAGCUGCUGCCGCGGCGGGCCGGCUCCGAGGAGCAGCGCCAGGUGCUGGUGCUGCUCUGCAAGGUGCACGAGCUGGAGGUGGAGAACGCCGAGAUGCAGUCGCACACGCUGCUCAAAGACAACGUCAUCCGGCAGAAGAACUUCGUGGUGCAGCGCUUCCAGCAGCACCGGCACCUGUGCGACGAGAUCAUCCAGCAGCAGAGGCAGUUCAUCGAUGCUCACAGGCUCCUGGUCCCGCCCCACCUCCAGGACCUCUAUGACGUGUACAUGCGGGAGCUGGACGAGCGGAAACUGGACCGGGCGGUGGCCCUGGACGCGGCCACGACCCGACACCCCAUGAAGGAGGCCUCGCUGCCCAGGAUCGCUCUGCCGGGCCACGGGCCGGGCCACGGGCCGGGCCGCGACCUCCAGGACAUGGACUCGGACCAGGAGAGCGUCCUGUGCUCCGACAGCAGACGAGGCCAGGCCAGGGUCCGCAGGCACACCCUGCCCCCCCUUCUGCCCGAGGCCGAGCUGGACAACAGGGUGUUUAAGAGCAGCCCACACGCCAGGAAGAUGAAGCACCCGGCUGUGAUGACGCCGCCCCCCAUCCACAUCAACGGGAAGGGCGGCAGAGAGCUGCAGCCCAGGGCUCCUGACAGCGGCCUGAGCUGCAGCCACCUCAGCCACAGCGCCAGCAGCCACCUGGACUCGUCCCCCGAGAGCAGCGAGGCCGGCGCCGACACCCCCCACUCCCUCAGCGAGCGGCAGCAGAUCCUCCGCGGCGUCCAGAGCAUCGCGGUGAAGGCGGCGCGGCGCCGGUCCAAGGCCCUGGAGCUGGACGCGCUGCGUUUGCCCCCCCCCCACUCGCCGCUGGAGCCCAAGAAGCAGCAGAGCAGCCUCUCCCUGAGCGAGGCGCCCCCCAGGGGGCCGCCGCUGCGGCGCGGCAGGCGGCCCAGCCCCGAGCUCCGGCACGCCACGUCCGACGACAACCUGUCCAGCAGCACCGGGGACGGGCCGGGCCUGCAGGGCACCUGGACCCGCCCACGGAACCGCCAGGUCAGCACCAAGGCCCAGACGCCCAGAGAGGCCGACUUCGAGGCUCGGCGCAAAAAGAGGCGCUCGCGGUCGUUCGAGGUCACGGGUCAGGCGGUUCCUCAGACCAAGACGACCACGGCUCAGAGGUUUCGCCCUCUGGACAGCACGUCGGACCCCCACCUCCACAUCAACGGUCAGCCCCAGGCCCCCGCGCUGCGCCCCCACUACAGAGGGGUCCCUCCUCUCGCCAAAGUCAGGGCCGCACACGGCGGCCAGCACACAGGCUCCAACGCCGAGUCCUCCGCGGCGCACGCGAGCGGCCUGAAGCGUGCGCCCCCCCUGCGCCAGCCGCAGCCCCUCCUCUACAUCACCUCCACAGGCACCGGGGCCCCGCGCUCACGCAGGCACUGAGCACCGGCGCCAGAACCAGCAGAACCUCGGCCCCAGCCCGAGGCGGGGGGAUGGGGAGCGGCCCCAGCGACACAGUCUCACGCCGCGCGCUACAGGGCUGGUGGAAGGCGACGCUAACAAUCCGCUAAUAUGAGCGUCUUAUGAAGGAACCGCUGCAUUAAUCUGGUGAGGCUGCACCUCCCAGCGACGAUGCAAGACAAGUAUUUAUGGAAAUUAAAACAAUGGCCUGCUGUCAGAACGUUUCAGCAUCAGUGUUCCUCCCUUUGGAGGUGGCUUUAAGUUGAUGACACGCUGAUGUCUGAGUAAAGGUAAUGCUGUGCUCUUCUGUUGUGUUCCCCAGGUCUCUGCCUUUUUACCCAAAGUAACUGCUGCAUGUCCUGCUUGUUUGUGUAGAUGUACAGUAAAGUACCACGAGAUGCUUUUUA